AUGUCGACCAACGUAGGUGGUGGAGGAAAUAAUACGGCAUCGGUCACAACCAAUGCUCCCCUAUUCGGAACAGGGGCACCCAAGGAUAAGGAUUGGGAUGCUGUGGAGGAUGCUGUAAAAACAACUAGAGAUCAAAGUGAAACGCUGCCGGCAGUUGGCAGCUUUAUCCCCGGGCGGCUAAACGAGCUACAAUUCCAGCUCUUUACGGACGUUGUUUUCACAUGA